UUCCGGAUUUCGUUUUCAACCGACUUACGCUUUUGCUUUCGUUUCGUAAGCGGCAUUUCGCAAGCGCUUCUUCUUCUUGAUCAUGUUGAAGCUGAACUCUUUGCUGCUGGCGCUACUGCUGCUGCUGCCGCUGACGCUAGCCACGCCCAUAGCGCCCACCACGCUGGAUGGCGCCACGCCCAUCGAUGCACAGGUCUCCGCAGCGGAUUUCGGUGCACUCGACGCCUUUGCCGAAGAUGCCGAGGCCGAGAGCUCAGCGACGGCGGCCAGCGAGGCAGGCUUUAAGAUCGCGCUGCUGCCCAUGCCGGCCAAGACGGCGGAGUCUGUGAAUCUGGAGCAAGAGGCGCUGCCCUCCAAGGUGCUCACCGCCUACGACAAGACGCACCAGAAGCUGGCGGACAUAACGCACCCUGUGCCCAUCUUGGACGGCAUCAGCGAGCACGAGAAAUAUGGCAACAAUGGCGACAAGUUUGACGGCAUCUCGCGCUCAAUUGUCAACGGUUACGAGGCCUUUUCCAAUCUCCUCAACAGUUUCAUACAGAAACCCAAGGAGCUGGCGCGCAGCGUCUCAAAGGGCAUCACGGCACAGUUGGACAUUAUUGGAGGCAAGCUCGUGGGACUCUAAAGAUGAA